AUGAAUAACUACUUUGAUAUAAUAAAACAAUUAUAAUAAGCUAUUGAAUUAUGUACAAGAGAAAAUGUAGAAUUAAGAGAAUAGAUAAUAAUGAUGGAGACGCAAUAAGACCCUUAAAAAAAUCUAAAAAUUAGUAAUUUGCAAAAGAUGAUCAUAUAGUAAUAACAAUAAAUAUCUGAAUUAAAAUAAUCAAUGUUAAAACGCAAUCAAUUGAAGAAAGAUAACUAUUGUAAUGAGGACGAUAAAUUUUUAAUUGAAUAAAUGAAAAAGAAAUUUGAAGAAAAAAGCAAUGAACUAAAAAGAUAUUAAGAACUGAAUGAAAAAUCUCGAUAAAAUUUAAAGAAAACUCAAUAGCAAGUACUAGAAUUAAAAGAAUAAAUCAAUUAAUAAUGUUAAUUGAAUGCAUAAGAAUAAUAAAAAGUAACAAAGAUGGAACUAUUAAUAAAAAAUGCUAGAUAAUAAGAAUUUGUAUCAUUAUAAUAUAUAUUAGAAAUAGAGAAAUUAAACUCAUAAAUAUAAUAAUUAGAAUAAGAAUAAAAAAGCUUAUCUAGAAUAAGCCAUUGAAAUGAUUAUUAUUGUAUAAAAUUAUUCAUUAAAAAACAUGCUACAAAUAACAGAUAGAGAAUUAUAAUUCGUUAUUUUCAUUCGAUAAGUUAAUUUAUUUAUUUUUAAUAAAUUAAAACAUGAUUACUCUAAUAUGGUUAGUGCAUUUUGA